CUCUUCCAUCUCGAAUAAUUUUAACAUCAAAAUUACCAACACGUACGACAGCUCCAUUUUCAACAGUUAUUACUGAAGAACAUGCAGCCGAAAUUGCGACAUGGGUUGAUAAGAGAGCUGAAACAUAUUCAACAGCAAAUAAUCCGUAUGAGUUUAAAUUGCUUCUUCGUGGAUCCAGAGAUGGUUUCACUAAAGAAACAUUUUGGAAAAUAUGUGAUAAGCAAGCAAAUACUAUUGUAGUAAUGAAGGUGAAAAAUACUGAUGAAAUUCUUGGUGGUUAUAAUCCUAUAAAAUGGGAUAAAUCAAUUGACAACUAUGUAAAAUGCAAUGAUAGCUUUAUUUUUUCAUUGAAAAAUGGUACUAUUCGCAAAAAUAUUUUGAGUUGUGUAAAACAUCCAAUAUGGGCAAUUUAUUGUAGUUCUAAACAUGGUCCACAUUUUAAUGAUAUUUGCAUGCUUGAUAAUUUUAAUCAAGAUGAUG